CACAACAACAAUAAUACACCGAGACGUAUCAACUAACACAUUAACACAACGUCGACCACUUAGUUUUUGUCUAGCGUGUGUGUCGUCCUGUCGUGUGUUUGUACUCCGUGCCGUGGAUACAUGCAAUAUAUAGAAAAUAAUGUUGUAAAGCACCACUGCGGUGUAUCACAGUGUUUUUUUUUUAAUAAAUAAUUAUAUAGGUACCUCCUCUAAUUUUUCUCGCGUAAUCGUCUGGUCGUUAGGAGGAUUUUCCGCGAUGUGAGCUAUUUUGAUCGCUGAUCGACACGACGACGACGAUCAUAUUUACGUUCCCGGGCUCAAAAACAGUCGAGAUAAACUCUCCAGUCUCCUUCGUCUGCUAUAAUACGUCUAACCUCCGCGAUGGAAGACGAACUGCACUGCAUCGCCUGCAAGCAGCUGUUCAACAACCCGGUACUGUUGCCGUGCUACCAUGCUUUGUGCCUGAACUGUGCGGUACACGCUCAGCGACCGCUGGAGCCGACCGCUCCGCAAGAGAACAGUGGUAACUCGACGACUAGCGGCAGCAGCACGGCCGAGUCACAUGCGUCUGACUGCCAUCCAGAGUCGGACAAGCUGUCCAUACUCAGCGAGACGGACAGCGGCGUCGUAUGCAACAGUCGGCCCAACAGCUACCUGGGCACGUCCAACCACGUCGGUGGAGGCAUCAUUGCAUUCCCGCCGGUUAUGGCCGGCUCGUAUUCGCUGUCGUGUCCGGCCUGCAGGAAGACCGUGUACUUUGACGACAACGGCGCGCACAACCUACCUAAGUACAGGACAAUGAGGAACAUUGUGGACCGUUAUGGCGAGCUCAGACACAUCGUCCCCAAGUGCCAGCUGUGCGAGAGCGAACCGGCAGCUGACGCCACUGUGCUGUGUGAGCAGUGUGAGGUGCUGUACUGUGACUCGUGCCGCGACAACUGCCAUCCGUCUAGGGGCCCGUUGGCCAAGCACAACCUGCUGGAGCCGACAGUUGGUAAGGUGGCCCUCAGGAACAAGAUCAGAAACAGGGACAUCAUUUGCCAUGAACACGAAGAAGAGUGCCUGUCCAUGUACUGUAUGGUUUGCAAGACACCAGUAUGUGCCGUGUGUAUGCACGAAUCGAGGCAUUCAAGUCAUGACGUCCAAGCUAUCAACACUAUGUGCAAAGCUCAAAAGACGGAACUAUCCCAGAACCUUCAACAAUUGUCCGAAAAAGCUCGAACCACUACAGAGUUCAUUCAGAGGUUAAAGCAAAUGUCUGAAAAACUUAACGGCGAGUGCGAAGAACUGGAGCGACAAGUGGACGCCAGGUGUGACGCGCUGAUCCGGUCCAUCGAGAGGCGGAGGCAGUGGCUGAUCGACGCGGUGCGACAGGAUAAGGAGAUCAAACAGCGAUCGCUCAAGGAUCACGUGACCAGCUGUACGUGCAAGCUGCAGAAAACCACGUCCCUAUUGCAGUUCUGCAUAGAGGCCCUCAAAGAGAACGAUCCCGUUUCGUUUUUACAAGUUGGGUCCAUGUUGAUAGCCAGAGUUUCGAACACUGACAUGACCUGGCACAAGGACGUGUUGCCGUCUCCUCGUUCGUAUCACCAGCUGGAUUUGACCCUGGACGAUAACACGGUGUUGAAAGCUAUCGAACACAUGAACUUUAUACAAAUGAAAACUAUCGGGGACGGAGAAGACAUGAAGGCAACAGCUCCGAGCGCGGCGCUGAUCAUCGCCGAAGAGUGCAGCGCCGAGAACAAUAGCGUAACGAUCGCGUGGCAACCUCCGGCUUCUUCGUACGUCGAAGGCUACGUGUUGGAACUGGACGACGGAAACGGCGGAGACUUCAGGGAGGUGUAUUGCGGCACGGAAACCAUCUGCACCGUUGACGGGUUACACUUCAAUUGCACGUACAACGCUCGAGUAAAAGCGUUCAACAGCGCGGGCGAAGGCGAGUACAGCGAAGUAAUCGGAUUGCAAACUUCUGAAGUGGCUUGGUUCACGUUCGACCCGUGCUUGAGCUCGCCCGAGCUGUGCUUCACGCCUGACAAUAUGACGGUGACUUGCGAAGGAUUCGAGCACCGCGUGGCCCUGGGAAGCGUCGGGUUCUCCAGAGGAGUCCAUUACUGGGAAUUUACAAUCGAUCGGUACGACGCCGAUACCGAUCCGAGUUUCGGCGUGGCCAGACUUGAUGUGUCCAAGGAGGAAAUGCUAGGAAAAGAUGAAUCUGGUUGGAGCAUGUACAUCGACAAGCAGAGGUCUUGGUUCAUGCACUGCCGCAGUCAUGAACAGAGGUGUGAGGGUGGCAUCCUGGUAGGAUCCACGGUUGGCGUUCUCCUGGACCUGAACAAACACCAAUUAUCUUUUUUUGUCAAUGAUGAACCCCAAGGUCCAGUGGCAUUUAAUGGCCUGUAUGGCGUCUUCUAUCCAGCAGUCAGUGUCAACAGAGGUGUCGCUGUUACGUUGCAUACAGCUCUCGAUGUUCCCAGUGACUUAGAAGACUGUUAGAACUUUUUGAGUAAAGCGUACAUACAUAGUAAUAUAAAGGAUGUAUUGUUAUGUAGGUACCCAAUUUAUGAGGUUUUUUUUUAAUCAUAAGUGUAUUUUUUAUUUAAAGUUUCUAUCAAAAGUUAUACGAGUCCAAUAUUUUAUAUUUGUACGUAUGUGUAUAUGUAUAAUUAUUGUGUAUUUUUUUUCUUCAAUUUAUCAUUAUCUCAAGAGUAAAUUUAACUUGAACAGGGUGGGAAAGUUGUUUUUUGAUCACUACAAUAUACAAUAUGUACACUGCGUAUUUUUCCCUUCCAAUUUGCUUAAAGGAACUAAUGUAUUUUUAGUUACGCAAUAAUAUUAUUGUGAUUAUAAUAUUAUGUUAUUAUGUACUUAUACUGUUCGGCUGUUCAAAUAUUUAUGAUAUGUUUUGGAUGUACGAAAAAUUGGACAAGCAAACCAAACGAUUAUAAUGAUGACACACCGUUAUUGUGAUUAUUUAAUUUUACUUUUGACUAUAUCCAUUUUUGUGCCCUUAGUUUAGUUUAUAUAUAUACCUAUAUUUUAACUAGUAGACAUAUCAAUUAAAUAUUGUUCUUUUGCAUUCUAUAUUACCUACUAGUAGUUGUUUAAGUUAUAUAAUAGCAUAGUAGUGUAUUUAUUAAGUAAAUAUUAUAUCUAUUUUUUAUUUUAUUAUUAUUAUGUACAACAGUUCAUUAUUCUAUAGUCCAUUCAAAGCAUUGUUCACAACCACUCGGGUAUUAAAACUAAACAAAAAAAAAAAAACCAAACCCCCGAAGCUGUUUGAGGCGUUAUUGUGUUAUGAAUUUUGAAUGUUCUUUACAUGUUGUAGUGACGUAAUUUAAAUGAAAUGUAUUAGGUUAAAAUAGGUUUAGUUGUUUUUAAUUUUAUACAUCUAGUCAAAUAGAUUUAGAUUUCAUAUUAUGAUUUAUCAUAAAGACUGAUGGAUAUGCGACAAGAAACAAAAAAAAUUUAGAAUACCAAUGUCAGUGUUACUAUUUUCAGUUCUAACGCAUCUAUAAUAGAGGAGAUUAAAUCUCAUCUAUGAUAACUAUCCAACCAACCAAGUUAUUGUUUUUAAAUCUCAUUUAGUGAUCAUUAGUGUCCAUCACGAUUGUUUCAGCUUUCUUUCUCAAUUUCAAUUGCUGAACAAGCAAAGUAAUAUACUCUAGCAUUUAAGGUUUAACAACAAUAUUCUAUUAUAGUAUUUUAUGUUGACGUUGGGUCAAACAUUUUUUUUUUUUUAAUUUCCAAGUCCAAC